AUGUUGGAGGAUCAGCUUUUGGCGAGAGUUUCUGACCUGGAAGCAACUGUGGACCAAACCAGAAACGAAGCUCAAAAUCGGAGGAAAGAGGUUGAGUAUCUCGAGCAGCAGUUGGGGGUUCGACGGGACACUGAGCUCGUGUCUCAUCGGCAGCAUCGGGACUUGAAAGACGAAUUGGAGUCGUUGCAAACAGAGCUGGCUGCCAUGAAGACGAAGCUGGAGAUGAAAGCUGCAGACGUGGACCAUUACCGGAAAGAAUCGCACGACCUGCAAGUGGAAGUGGAGCAGAUGCGACUGGAGCUGACUCGGGCUCGUGGAGAAAAGCGGGAACUGUGCGACGAGCUGGAGCGAGUGCAGCGGCGGAUGGGGACGCCGUUUCUGUCGACCGCCACUCCGAUGGACCUCAGCCCUGUGCCAGCUGCCUACAGCUUCUCGCCCGUUUCUGUCCUGCUGCCGCAGAUCGGUAGUGACACUGACGACGAUUUCGUCAUCAAGAGCACAGUUAGGAUAAUCAAAGACCACCUGGAUGACGAUGACGGCGAUGAUGAUGAUCUCCGUCGACUAGAUCUCAGGCCAAGAACCGGAUCUCUUUGA